UCGAUAGUUAAUGGCAUCCACGUAAGACCAAGCAACCCGUCAUGCCAUCCCCUCUUAUCAGUUAGGUAAUAAUAAUGAAAUAAAUUUCAUGCCAAGGGGCAACAGCUACCGGAUGGAUGGUUGAUUCAAUUCAGCUUGGCUUUUUUAUGGUAACAAACAAAUACUUCCACUUUUCUUUCCCUUGAAGCCAACCUUUUCAUUUUCAUUUCUUUCUUAGUUACUACCCAACCGAACUCCUCCUUGUUACGUAAAAGGCUGUGUUGCAAGAAAAAAGUUUGGAAAUUUGAAGGGGAGAUAGAGGAAUCAUUAAGAUGUCGUUGUUUCGCAAAUUGUUUUAUAGGAAACCCCCUGAUGGCCUUCUUGAGAUUUCCGAGCGUGUUUAUGUGUUUGAUUGCUGCUUUAACAUUGAUGCUUGGCAAGAAGAUUAUGAAGGUUACAUUGGUCGAACAGUUGGUCAACUUAAAGAACAUUUCCCUGAUGCUUCAUUCUUGGUGUUUAAUUUCCGUGAGGGAGAGAAACAAACCCAGAUUGCUGAUGCUUUAUUCAAGUAUGAUAUGACCUUAAUGGAGUACCCUUGGCAAUACGAGGGUUCCCCAUUGCUCACGAUGGAGAUGAUUCACCAUUUUCUAAGAUCAGGUGAAAGUUGGCUCUCCCUUGGACAGCAGAAUAUUCUGUUAAUGCACUGUGAACGUGGUGGUUGGCCGGUUCUCGCUUUCAUGCUGGCUGGACUGUUGAUUUAUAGGAAACAGUAUAGUGGAGAGCAGAAGACCUUGGACAUGAUUCAUAGGCAGGCUCCCCGAGAGCUUUUGCAGUUGUUCUCAGCAUUGAAUCCUGUACCUUCUCAACUGAGGUAUCUACAAUAUGUCUCAAGGAGGAAUGUAGCCUCAUAUUGGCCUCCAUUGGAUAGAGCUCUCACGUUGGAUUGUGCCAUUCUAAGAUUUAUUCCUAAUUUUGAUGGGGAAGGGGGCUGCCGUCCACUAUUUCGGGUAUACGGGCAGGACCCUUUUCUUGUUUCUGAUCGAACUUCCAAACUUCUGUACUCAACUCAAAAGGAAGGAAAAAUUCCUCGGGCUUAUAAGCAGAUAGAAUGUGAACUUGUUAAAGUUGACAUUAAUUGCCAUAUACAAGGUGAUGUUGUGCUGGAGUGUGUCAGUUUAAAUGAUGACAUGGAACAUGAAGAGAUGAUGUUUCGAGCUGUGUUUAACACAGCUUUUAUUAGGUCAAAUAUCUUGAUGCUUAACCGUGAUGAAAUUGACAUGUUAUGGGACUCAAAAGAUCGAUUUCCAAAGGACUUCAGGGCAGAGAUUCUUUUCUCUGAAAUGGAUGCAGCUGCAUCCGUUGUUGCAGAAGAUUUCACUGGCUUUGAGGAGAAGGAAGGCCUUCCUGUGGAAGCAUUUGCUAAGGUUAAAGAGAUCUUUAGCUCUGUUGACUGGUCUGAUCCCAACUCAGAUGCUGCACUUAAUUUGCUCCAACAAAUUAGUGCAUCGAAUAUUGCUCAGGAAGACUCAAAUGCAGAUUUGCAGCACAGAGUAGAGAUUAGCACUCAAAAGCAAGAAAUGAGUCCUAGAAAAGAACUUGCCAGCCAAUCUGUGGUCACUCACACCACUAUAUCUACAGUCUCCUCAGAACAAGCUUUGACAGUUACAGCUGGAAUUGAACUCAUGGAACCCAAAGGUGGUUCUAUCUCACCAUCAACACCUGCACAGCCUCCACCAUUGCGGCCUGCUGUGACAUCUAGUGCUGUAAAAGUUUUUCCUCAUCCACUACCAGCUCUUGAUCUUUCAGCUUCAGAAUCAGUAGAUCAUUCAUCAAUCAAAGAGAAUGAAACCUUUUUAGAGAGCAGAGGUAAGUCAUUAUCAGUUGGCCUUCAACCUACAACUCCAACAACACCACCGCAUCCACCUUUUAAGGAGGAUAAUUCCACUAUCAAAACUGAAUGCCCAACCCCACCUCCUCCUCCAAUGCCGCCUAUGAAGGAGAUUCGCACCACUAGAGCUGGACCUUCUCCACCUCCACCUCCUCCAAUGCCACCUGUGAAGGAGAAUAACACCAUUGGAGCUGGACCUCCUCCUCCACCACCACCACCUCCUUUAAAGGAGAAUAACACCAUUGCAGUUGGACCUCCUCCACCACCACCACCUCCUCCUAUGCCACCUUUGAAGGAGAAUAACAAAAAUGGAGCUGGACCUCCUCCUCCACCACCACCACCACCUUUAAAGGAGAAUAACACCAUUGCAGCUGGACCUCCUCCACCACCACCACCUCCUCCAAUGCCACCUUUGAAGGAGAAUAACAAAAUUGGAGCUGGACCUCCUCCUCCACCACCUCUGCCUUUGAAGGAGAAUCAUGCUAUUGGAUCUGGACCUCAUCCACCUCCCCCUCCUCCCCCUCCUCUUCAUUCAGGGCCAACAACCAGCCCAACCGUUUCAUCUCCUAUGCCACCAGCGCUGCCGCCUCCUCCCAUUAUGUCAACCAAUUCCUCCCAUGCCCCUUCUGCACCUCCUCCUCCUUCUGGUAAGGGCACUUUAAAGACAGGCAACAAUAGAAAUAUUAAAUCGCCUGGGUCUCCAUCUCCUGCACCACCUACUCCUGCACCUCCCUUAGGUUCUCCUUCCAUCUCCAAGGGACGUUUGUCGCGUGCUAUAAGUUCACGGAACAAUCAAACUAAAAAGCUGAAGCCAUUGCAUUGGUUGAAGUUAACAAGAGCUGUACAAGGAAGCUUGUGGGCUGAGGCGCAAAAGUCUGGUGAAGCCUCCAAGGCCCCAGAGAUUGACAUGUCAGAACUUGAGAAUCUUUUUUCCGCGGCAGUUUCAAAUACAGAUCAUGGCGGGAAAUCAAGUGUGCGCAGCUCACGGGGACCUAAAGUUGACAAAGUGCAACUGGUUGACCACAGACGGGCAUACAAUUGUGAAAUCAUGCUUUCAAAGGUGAAAGUGCCACUACAUGAAUUAAUGAGUUUAGUACUUUCCCUUGAGGAUUCAGCAUUAGACGUUGAUCAGGUUGACAACCUCAUAAAGUUCUGUCCAACAAAAGAGGAGAUGGAACUGCUUAAGGGAUACACUGGAGAAAAGGAAAAGUUAGGGAAAUGUGAACAGUUCUUCUUAGAGUUAAUGAAGGUGCCGAGAGUAGAAUCUAAACUCAGAGUUUUCUCAUUCAAGAUGCAGUUUCAUUCCCAGGUCUCUGACCUCAGAAAAAGCCUUAAUGUUGUGAACUCUGCAGCAGAAGAGAUAAAGAAUUCUGCCAAAUUGAAGAGAAUCAUGCAGACUAUUCUUUCGCUAGGAAAUGCUUUGAAUCAGGGAACUGCUAGGGGUUCAGCUAUUGGAUUUAGAUUGGAUAGCCUUCUUAAACUAACAGAUACACGGGCAAGGAACAACAAGAUGACUCUCAUGCAUUAUCUUUGCAAGGUUCUUGCUGACAAGCUACCAGAACUUCUAGAUUUUUCUAAAGACCUUGCCAGUUUGGAACCUGCAUCAAAGAUACAAUUGAAAUUUUUGGCGGAGGAAAUGCAAGCCAUAAGCAAAGGACUGGAAAAAGUUGUACAGGAACUGUCUGCCUCGGAAAGCGAUGGUCCUAUAUCAGACACAUUCUGUAAGAUUUUAAAGGAGUUCCUUUGUUUUGCCGAAGCUGAAGUAAGGUCUUUGGCUUCUUUGUACUCUGGAGUGGGGAAAAAUGUGGAUGCAUUGAUUCUUUAUUUUGGAGAAGAUCCAGCUCGCUGUCCCUUCGAACAAGUUGUAUCAACUCUGUUUGAUUUUGUGAGACUGUUCCACAAAGCCCACGUGGAGAACUGCAAGCAGCUAGAGAUAGAAAUGAAGAAAUUAGCAGAAAGUGAGAAGUCAAAGAUAGGUGCUCACAAGGAGUUACAUGCUCGAAUAGAGAGUGGCAGUGUCAAGUGAGAUCAACUAAUAAUUUCAUUUCUAGGGAGAACUCUGGCGGAGCAGAGGCAUCCGAUACAGUUGAUUGAGAAGACAGAUAGGGAUAUCUUGUCGCUGUCGGGGAACAAAAAACCGUAAAUUUGGCUGGCAGAUUAAGUCAGAAAUAUAGGCAUAUCAUAUAAAGUGACAAUGUGCUGCAAACUGAGAUUGAGGUCGUCUUUUUAAAGGUCAGUCUCUACCCCAGUCUACUGAAGUAACCAACGCAAACACGACCUAUAAUGCGUUUUGCCCCUUCUCACUCUUACUGAAGUAACCAACGCAAACACUACUACUAUUUUUGGUCCAGAUCAGAGGGGGCUGCAGAAUCCUGUUCUUGUGGAAGGCAACCUGUAAAGUGUCAGUUAGCAAAAUUUCUUGUUGUAGACAUUAAAGCAAGGAGUUCGGGGACUUUUUCCCUUUACAAUUUUGGUCCUUACAGACAGAUUAGGUAUUCACUUAUUUCCUGAAUUUUUUUUGGCUAAUAUCCACCUCCUGUGUAUGUACAGACAUUCAGUUCGAUUGUAUAUAUCUGUAAGUCAGAGGCUAAGCUUAGAACAGUCUUUUUCCUGGGACUUGACUUCCUUUGCGUUUGAAAAAUACGGGCCAGUGGCCACCCUCAAGUACAUAACGGUAACGCAAUGGAAUGGCCAGCGAUGUCGAAGAACUUGCAAGUGAUUAUUAAACUACGAUGCCUGCCUGCCAGAGAUGCUCACAGUACAAACACAUUAAUGGUCACAAUUCUUUAUAGUAAACGAUUAAACAUGGUCACCUUUAUGUCUUUUAAUGAAAUUCAGCUGUAUCCUUGUAAUUUGUAUUUCCCAGUGACGCUAAUGGAAUUCUCCAUGUUAUGUCUUUGAAUGAAUCUCAGCUCUUGGUA